GACUAGGAGUCGUGGUAAUCGGUGUUCGGGCAUACGUAACACGUGGCCCAACCAUCUCAGUCGAUGAAGAUUCACAACCUCAUCAACUGAUUUACCAUCAUUCCCUAAUACCCUGCGUCUAACCUCACUAUGUUUACAGCUUUAUUAACGAGUGUAAGAUAGUCGACGAAGGCAACCAAUCCAUUCAUCUCCAAAUCUUAACUAACAAAAACCUUGAGAUUGAGCAACUCAAAGUUGUUACUCACCUUAUUAUACCAUAUUUUGCCCCAGAAUAUGGCGAAUAUAUUGGUUAUUAGCACAUCACUCCACUAUUACUUUUGGUAAGGACUACUUGUAGAUUGCAAAUAUCCGGUCGUUGAUGACUUGUUUAGAAUGACUAGCCCGUAUAUGAAUCAAUGUCAAGGGUUUUCCUAAAUCCUCAAAUGUUAUUUGUUGGUUCUUAAAUCCAUUUUUUACAUAAAUGUCUUUUGGUUCGCGUUAGUUUGUUCGCCUACUUUUGGAACUAUUAAGCGAUGGUCUCUUGUUUUCCACUGAACGUUUUCGUCUAUAUAAAAGAUUUGCUUUUAUUAGUCUUUAAAUUUAGGUUUCCUAAGCGGUACCCUAACGCUUUUUAUCGAGGUUUCUUUCUACUGCACGGGUUGCUGAUCCUAUGCCCAACCCUCCUUUGCCUGGGUUUAAAUCUGUCAUUAACCCCAGGUCUACAGGCGGAAAAAGACAAUUUGAACCAUUUAAACUCUGCUAUGGGAGUUGGAGGGUUUCCACUAAGAAAAAUUACACCUCAUGGUAAAAGCCGAAAUUCUCCGGAAGUCACGAAGCUUAUGUCCCUUCUGACAACCAGAGCAACAUUUAAUGUAGGUACUUGGAAUGUCCGGGCAUCGUGGGAGAUCGGGCGGACUAUUCGAAUAGCUACGGAGACGAGAAGAUACAAAUUGACGAUGCUCGGAUUAAAUAAAAUCCAUUAGACCCAAGCUGGACAGAAAAGCAUAGAUUCGGAAAAUGCUGUUGUACUCUGGUCAUGAAGAAGAAAAUGCUUCUCACACGAGCAGUUGUGCUGAUCCUGUCGAAAGAAGCACGAGCACUUAUGGGUUGGGAAUCUCAUGAGUCCAGGGUAAUCGAAAUAUCAUCAAGACAAAGGGGAUCACAGUGGAUGUUACCCAGUUCUAUUCACCUAACUGAUGUGUGGUAGUGAAAGUAUGGGUAGGGUUAAUCGUUGAACAUGGACAAACAACCACAGUCUAUUAAAUAUGUGAUUUUCCUUUUAUCAUGGAUUUCCACUCGAGAAUCACUGUGUGAUCGCUUGUCAUUGUAUUGAAUAAGGUAUUCUCUAGUUUUAAUCUGGUUCUCUAUUUUGAGUCGCGAAUCCUGAUUUUGGUAUAACGUGAUUAUUAACGUAUUAUUGUAAUAUACGUAUGGGAGGAAAAAAUAUUGUAAACCAUCCGUUAUACCACUAACAAUGAUAGCAAGAAAGACGAUAAAAGCCAGUUUUAUGAGAGGCUGCAGUCGGUCGUACAGAAGUACCUGGGAAAGGAUCUGACCAUCCUGAUGGGAGAUCUAACCUUCAUAGCCGGAAUAGAUAACAUCAAGUAUGAAGAUAUCACGGGACGACAUGGACUGGAAGGAAGGGACGAGAAUGGCGAGAGAUUUGCAAAUCUAUGUGCUUUCAACAAAAUUUUUAUGGGUAGCACUAUAUUUCCCCACGAACGCAUAGACAAAGCUAUAUGGGUCUCACUGUAAUACACUACGGAGAACCGGAUAGAUCAUAUUUGUAUCACUUAAAAAUCCAGGUCAAUGGAAGACGUGAGAACCAAGAGAGGAGAGGACAUAGCUUUAGAUCACCACCUGGUUGUGGCCAAGGUGAGAUUGAAGCACUGGACAAUCAGAGAAACACCAUUAAAAAGGUUUAAUACGGCCUUCUUUCGAGAUAUUAACAGACAAAGAAUUCAAGAUAGCUCUCAACAACAUGUUACCAGCCUUACAUGAACUCGAAAAUGAAACUAUUAUGGCUAAAAAGUAUUCUUUUCGUAGACGUAAUGUCAGUUCGUGAAUAAAACACUAAACGUAGAUUUACUCCCUUACUCCUAACUUUCACAUUUAUUCGUUUCGAACCCAACAACCGUUUGGCAUUCUACUUGUAGAGUCGUUCGAGGCCGUACAUAUCCUUUCGUCCCACUGUGUGCGUUAUGUUUCUGAUCUUGGUUCUGCUGUUUGAGACGUGGCCAUGUGCUCUGUGAUGUUGAAGCUCCAUUCUACCAUUUACAAUGUCAUCGCUAGUUUAUUUUCCCUUUUGUGGUUCAGUUAUGAUUUUAUUUGGAGUCUCUCGUACUACUUUGUUCUUAUGGUAUUUUAAACUUUAUGUUCUACUGGGUUAUCGAUUUGAUUGUUAUCAUAGUUUAGUUUUGCUAAACUUAACGCUUCUAUUAUCGUCGCAGACUUGACACAAAAGAGAUAACGCUCUUCAUUCACAAAAGUUGUUUGUCUUAUUCCAUAUGGUAACUUGUUUCGAAUGCAAUGUAAAACCAUUGUUAAAUAAAGUAACAUUUAGUACACUUUUAAUACUGUUCCCUCAAUGUGUUGUAAGCAGCGUAAAUUUAGGUCUGUGCUCACUUGUUACGCAUGCUUAGCCAUUACAUACCUCAGUGUACUGGCGACGCCGAAUUAUAUUAGAAGACUGUUAUAGAUGGCCAAACCGAAGUGUCACUAGUCUGUCUUAUCAUUGACUAUUUUUUGAGCUAUGUGAUAAGGUGCAUAUAUAUAUAUAUAUAUAUAUAUAUAUAUAUAUAUAUCAUAUACUCUAGUAUUAUAUUUCGUUUUAUAUUAGUCUUUUCGAUUCUUUACUCUUCUAAUUUGGUUUGACUACUCGAACCUAGUCACAAUUUUUGAAUGACUGCUCAAGUACUCGAUUGAUAAACUUGUAUAAUAUAUUUUUCUUUUGAGAUCACACGUUAAACUUCUUAUUACAGGUCUAAACUAAAAAUAAAUAUUUUUUCACUCCGUUCACUACAGUAGCAAGUCAAUUAGCCUAUGAUGCUACUUCCAAAUGUAUCGCGAGAUUUGCAGAUAGCAAUUUUCAAAGCUUACCCUAAAAAUAUAAAAUCUCGUAAUGAUUGGUUUAGUUUUCUCAAUCAUAUGGAAAGAAAAGUUAGAUCAUUGGAUCGAGAGUCAACAGCGAAUAACAUACUUUUAAAUUUAUACAAAAGUGCUAUAGAUUCAUUAGAGGUGGAUUGGUCAGAUGAAAUUUAUCUUACAAUUUUUAUCAGAACAGCAGUUUUAGCAUCAUAUGAGAAUUCGGACUGCGGUCCUGCAUUUCUGAGCUUAUGUUCUAUAAAUGGACGUCGAAAUCCACAGUUGAUUGCGGCUGUAGCUUAUUAUUAUUCUAAACAAGGAGAUAAAAGUAGAGCUAAAAGUCUUUUAAACUCUACAAAAAAGUGUGUAGACAUAUGUGGGGUGGAAUUGUUGUGUAGAGCCGAAAGUAUGCUAGAUACAGACGAUGAUUUCAAAUCGUUAUUAGGACCAUUUUAUUACAAACCAGACUUUUAUUUCCAAGAUAUAAAUUGUUCUCAGGCAAGUUCAAGUGAAAUUUCUUCAGUUCUGGAUUCUACUUGUCCAAAUGAUCACACAGAAGAACGUUCUCAGUCUGUGAUAGACAUCAAUUUUGAACCGAAUGGAAAUUCACCAAACUAUCCUAGUAAUUGUAAUGCAGUUGAAUCAAUACAAAUAAUUGGUCCAUCCAGGGGUCUGACACUAAAGCAUGGCGAACUUGUAUGUUCAUGAUGAGUAACAAACAUCUGGGACUUAUUUUUCAGAAAACGUGUGAAAAGUGUUUCCCUUAAUUUUUCAGGAUUCAUAUAAUUUUUCCCGGUCCCUCAAAUUACCAGGGCUUCCAGAAGAAUUGUCAGUUACUUCAGUCACAAGUAAUCCACAUAUGGAAUCAUUACAACAGCCUGAACUAUCCACCAUUGUUGGUUCGAUCAAAUUGAAUGGAAGUUGCGAAAAGGUAUUUCCGUUUAAUUCGGAUAAGAAAUUGAUUUCUGUCGGUGUGCAAACUGAGCUGGUCAAUGAAAGUGAACAAUUUAUUAUUGUUAAUGGUAAAAAGUAUCAAGUAAUUAAUGAAUUGGGACGGGGAGGCUCAUCAGUGGUGUAUUGGGCUAUGGACUCCGAUUUAAAUCCAUGGGCGGUGAAAAAAGUUGAUUUGAAAAAUCUUACACAAGAAACAGUUACGUCGUAUAUAAAUGAGAUUGAGAUGCUUAAAAGUUUGAUAAAUUCCGACAGAAUUAUCCGACUAUAUGAUUAUCACUGUACAUCAGAAAAUCUCAUACUUGUUAUGGAGAAAGGAGAUUGCGAUUUGAAAAGUGUAAUUCUUAGCUUUUGGUCUGGUGGUGCGAAAAAAUCUCCUCGUUCACCAUCAGGUAUGCUUUCAUCUGGGAUUGUAUUCUACUGGGAUCAAAUGUUGCGGUGUGUGAAAGCACUUCAUGAUCGUCGUAUUGUUCACUUAGAUUUAAAACCACAAAAUUUUGUUCUAGUCUAUGGACAGUUGAAGCUUAUUGAUCUAGGGAUUAGUCGUCUGUUACCAGAUGAUUCAACAACUGUAAACCAUUGGCUAAAGUUGGGAACAUUGUCUUUCAUGAGUCCAGAACAGUUGGAAGAGGCUGCUGCUAUUCCUUCAUCCUCAUCUAGCCUAAAUCAGUCGUUUUUCUUGGGUCCUGAAGUUGACCAAGAAAAUCGUUUUAAGGUUGGUCGUAAAUCGGAUAUUUGGUCAUUAGGUGUAAUCCUUUAUAUGAUGGUCUACGGUCAGUUACCUUUUAAUCAAGAUAAACUUCACUCUCGUCUAUCAGCCAUUAUAAGUCCCAGUGUAAAAAUAUCUUUGCCAGCUAUCAAGAAUAAAUCUAUUUAUAAGGCAUUAGAACGGAGUUUAGUUCGAAAUCAUUUAGAAAGAGCAUCUGUUGAUGAAUUACUGAGUUAUGAAUAUGUGUCUAGUACAUCAGCUGCUGACUUAUGAUGUCUAAAAAAACAGUCCGUUAUUCUUCAAUACCGGGACAUAUUUUUUUGUAUAUAUAUGUACAUAUUUCUUACUUGUAUUAUUUUUUUUACAUUUAUAGUUUUGCAACCUAUUUAUAUCAUUUAGUAAUUUAUUUUCCCUUCCUUUGUUCAUUCUUUUUGUUUGUCACAAUUACUUCCCUGUGUUUACAUUGUUGUUUAUUUUCUCCAUCCAGUUAUGUAUUUCAGAGAAUCUGAAGACUCAAUCACAAUCAAUAUAUUGUAGUGUAUAAGUUUAUAGUAAUACUUAUCAUCAUACGAUUGAUUGAAUAUUUAUAUCAUGAAUUGUUUUCUUUUUUAUGACGAAUAAUAAAUUAUGUUUCACAAACAUUUAUAACAUUUUCCUAGUAUGACUUUGUUAUACAUUGAGUUAGUGAUUGUUUAGAAGUUUCAGGUUCCCAAUCCAAUCACCUAACUAGGUCACACUACCUACUCGAUAGACUUGAAUCCCUGUAUUUUGGUUUCGUUCACAGUGUAAAAUAAUCAUGCAUAGGAUGAUUAGAUGUGAAACGACGAAGCAGCUAGGUCUGACUUUUAUGGACUUUUGAGAAUGCCCUCAGUAAUGAUUUAAGUGUAUUAUCAUAAAUGAGGGGUAAACUUUGAAGUAAAUAACGUUGGUUUACCCCAAUGUACUAAAAAAUAUUUCUCUGAUCUCCCUCGAGGUAUGUAUUGGACGGACUAAUUGUUUUAGUGGUACGGGAAGAUAUGUGUAGUUUGGAAUUGGUGUUCUAUAUCAUAUAAUGUCUGUACUUGCCAUCGAUUUUCGUGAAAACUAUCUUCGAAAACAGCUGACUAAACUGAAGUAGAUGAAGCUAAUUUAGGGAUUGUGACUCACUGGUUAUAAAAUGGAAGUUCCAACUUAUAAGUUAUCCCAAUACAUAGCUACAUAAACCUUGGUGUUCACCCUCCGUGUGCUUACCUUUGCCUACUUGAAAAUAUUGACUAGAAAUGUAUCGUUAUGUCAAAGAUUCCUACGAUGAUUGGAACACGGUGUUGUUGGAUCAAUAUGAAACUAGGGGAGUAGAGUUGUCAUGUAAUCCUACAGUUACUGCAGCGAAGUAAAAAAUGAAACAAUUACGCUGCUAUAGAUUAGAUGAUCAGCAGUGCGAAGGAGUGAUGGGUGACCAUUCGAUACUUUCGUGUAUGUGCUGCAAUAUUUUAUACUGUUGAGAUAUUUGGAGACGUCUUUGAAUAGAAUCACAUACUUCGAGCACGAGCUUAUCUAAAAAAAGAAAGCGUUAUAUAACCUCCUUCUGUGGAUGGCUAAUAGCUUUUAGAAAGACGGAUUAUAGCGGAAAGCGAGUCUGCGAAUUAGUUACGUUCAUUUACUACUAUUAUCAAGUUUUGGCUUGACAUAUCGAGUUUAAUGAAAAUCGGGUACGAUUGCGAUGGCAUUGAUAUGAAUUUUGCUUAAGCCAGUUGUUAAAUGCCUACAAAUCGUCUUCAUCUAAACGUUUAUAGAUCAAGUUACCAUUUAAUGCGGUGACGUUCAGUUUCUGGAAGUCAGCUUAUGUGUUUGAUUAUGCCUAGUAAUAAUGAUAGUAUUUAAAGAUCCCUGAGUGGUUGCGGCUAUUUUUAGCUGGAAUUAAGUCCAGUCUCUGAAUUUGAAUAGUCGCUACAUUUUUUGACGUAUUGAAAUGCUUCCAUUAAAUUAAAUCUUGAAGUAUGGUAUCAGGAUCUUAACGUUUUGAGACGAUUGCACUAAUAAUAAAUAUACCUUUGUUACAUUACAUUUGGUAGAAAAGUCGUAUUUCUGACGUUUCGUGGCUUAAUUUAAGCCACUUCUUCAGAGUAAAUAAACGACCGACAUUAACUCAAGUUUACAUAGCACAAAGGAAACAAUGCAAAAUAUUUUUAGUACAAUUAAAAUCAUAAUAGGUCUGAAUAUGUCAAUGUGAAAUUAUUAUUGAUCAAGGGAUCUCCAGUAUCGACGAUCGUCGCAAAUUUAUUUAUGUCCCACAUUGUGACGAUCGUUUUGGCCAAUACCAUCUAGACCACUCAUCUGGCUCAGAUAUGUAGAUGACACAUUUUUCAUUAUUGAAAAGACUUCUUACUAAUUUCUCAAAACAUCAAAUUCACUGUCAAAAAGGCAGAUGAACAUAGUGGACCAUCGUUUUUAAACUGUUUGGUUAAAAGGAAUUCUAAUGAAAGCUAUAUCCCGAAAAACGACACAUCCAAAUCGGUAUAUUGAUUUUAACUCUGCGCAUGCAUUUAGUACCGAAAUUUCCCUAACCGUAAAUCUCUUCAGAAAAGCAACCAAAAACAUUACCUCAGAAGACAAGCUGAAAGAAAAAGAGAAUACAACAUACGUCCUACGUUCUAACAAUUUUCCUAAAAAUAUUACCAUAAACAUAUUAAAACAAAACUGUCUUUCGGUAAAUACAAACCUAAUGAAAUUUCAUGUAUUAGUACCGUAGUUUUACCUUACCACCACGGCACAAAAGAAUUGCAGCGGAUAUUAAAAGCUUUCUAUAAGACAACUAACACAUUAGGAAACGCUUUAGUUGGAAAUAAAGAUAGGUAUCCGUUCACUUCCACUCAAAAUUGUCUACAGAUUAGGCUGUAUCGAUUGUGAUGCGUUCAAUGUUGGAGAAUCUCCCCGUAAGAUCUCGACCCGUACCAAGGAACAUUUAAGUUACACAAAAACCUAAUAAUUCUCUAAAAUUGGAAAAUUCACAAAUCAGCAAUAGCAGUACAUGUUAUUUCCAAUAUUCACCAAAUUGAUAUUAAAAAUAUCAAAAUAAUUCAGAAAGGGCUUUCUGACCACAAAGAGAUGCGAGUAGCUAAAGCGUUUCACAUAAUGCUAAAUCCCACUACCCUAAAUAGGAAUGAAGGACUGAAUGAUUCAUUCAACCUGAACUGUUUUUCCAAACAACCACAUCCGACUUUAUUUUUACACACACAAUCUCAACCUACUACUUUUAUCACAAAUGUGUACAUCUCUCAUGCCUACAUUCUGACACACAAAUUAGUACAGUGACAGGCCAUGCAAGAAUAAUUUCACAUUGACAUAUUCAGACCUAUUAUGAUUUUAAUUGUACUAAAAAUAUUUUGCAUUGUUUCCUUUGUGCUAUGUAAACUUGAGUUAAUGUCGGUCGUUUAUUUACUCUGAAGAAGUGGCUUAAAUUAAGCCACGAAACGUCAGAAAUACGAUUUUUCUACUCAUUGUAAUAUGACACAAAUAUAUUUAUUAUUAACUCUCUACACAAUGCUCAAUUUAUUUGAAACUAUGAAGUCCAACCUUGGUAUGGAUACCUGCUUUGCACUGAUGUUAAUAAUUUCAACGAUCAUAGUAUUCACAUUGCAUAUUGACAAUAUCUCAUACAAAAUUGGACAUUUUGACCAGUCCUUUCGUUAAUAAUAACGUAGAAUGUUAAAA